AGAUUACGUGUUCAGAAAUGGUCUAUCUCGUUUCUACAGUACUUCACAAUAUAUGAUAGAUUUCACAUUUCUUCUGUUGUCUCAAUAUGAUUGCAAUAAUAUUUCAAGGAACCAUAGAAGAGCAGCUUCCUCACUAAAUAUGGGGCCAACUAUGGCUCUGGUGCUGGUGUCCGUCGCGGGACUUACACUUGCUGUCGGAAACGACGAGGUGUUCACAAACACGCCAGGAGCCGGACCAUACUACGUGAAAGAACACAUGGUGGGACCGACUCUGAAGUGCUCCGUGCGAAACAAGUUUGCCGACCGAGCACGCUAUCAAGUGCAGUGGCAGCGCUACAAUAAAGGCAACCUCAGGUAUAUCUCCAUCAACGACCAGCUUCUCGACGCAGCCCACUUUGAACUGGUCGGAGACAUCUCUAGUGGAGUGUACGACCUUAAACUCAAGGAUGUUGCUCAGAGUGCAGUCGAGGGCUCCUACUACUGCACUGUUCUUGAUCGUCAAGAAACAGAGCAAUACCAGGCCGAACCUGCUGAAGUGAUCGCUCUAGUUCCUCCUAGCGAUCCGAUCAUCACGGAGUCACCCUCACAGGCUGUCACUGAUGGAGACAGUGUGUCGUUCAGAUGCACUUCUACAGGCGGUAGUCCUCCUCCUACGAUGAGUUGGAUAUUCUUGAAUGGUAGUGCUGCUGAUGCGAAGCAUGUGAGUACUCUUUCCCGUGGAGCUGAAUCUGAAAGCACUUUACACUUCCGUGUCCGAUCGGAAGACAAUAGCGCGUAUGUUGUCUGUGCUGUCACCAACAAGGCAAUUGAGUUCGAACAACCUAAAGAAGCCCGAUCACCUCGGCUGAAUGUUCUUUUCAAACCUCGUGUGAAAGUCUCUCCCGAUCAGGAAGUUGCCAUAGAAGAUGGAAAGCAAAUUGACCUAGUCUGCGAUGCCGAUUCAAACCCCUAUCCACCCAGCUAUGAGUGGAAGCAUCUGCCUUCCGGGGAAGUCUACGCAGCUUCAAAGUGGUCUAUAACCGCAAGUCGCAACAUGAGCAAUGAUUUUGAAUGUCGAGCCAGUAACAGUGUAGGAGAAGGAAGCGCUAUUCUCACGCUCAAUGUACAGUAUGCUCCUGUAGUCACAACGAAGCCACGGCUCAACCCUAAGGAAGGCGAACGAGUUCAGGUCGAAUGUGUAGUGGAUUCAAACCCACAAACCUCCGAAAUAAAAUGGACAGGACCUCAAGGGCUCGUUUCCGAGGGUCCCAUUUUGGUGCUGAAGAGCGUGUCCAGGGAGCAGACAGGAAACUACACUUGUACGGCGACAAAUUACCUAAACAUCUACGGAGAAACGGGCUCGCAAACGCGAACCGGAUCUGCAGUGACCAUGAUUGACAUACAACGACCACCAGGACAAGCCGAGAUUACACCACAAAAGCUGAAUGUAGAAGUUGGUGGGACUAUUAGUCUCACUUGCUCCACACAUGAUCCUGGUAGUCCACCCGGGAGUUUCAAGUGGGCGUCGCCGUCGUCCGGUGGCCUUUUCGGAAUCCGUGACCACGAUCACACGCAGCUGACUGUCCGAAACGCGCAGCUCGCCGACAACGGUCGUUAUCGUUGCCGGGCGGACAACACGCAUGGAAAAGGCAAAGAAGCCGUGGUGGAUGUGACUGUCAUCGAACCGGCGUGGAUUUCUCGUCAUUUGACAAAGGAGCGACUGCUCAAAAUGGAACAGCCCGGAAGUGUUCUUGAAUGCGAAGGAAAGGGGUAUCCAGCACCGAGCUUCCGCUGGUACAAAGAUGGGCAUCGGAUUGAUAGGAAACGCUACAAGAUUGAUACCGUAAUUGUCAAAUCUAGCUGUGGUGCACACUGUUCGCAAACAGCCACAAGUACGCUAUUAUUUGCGAAACCACUGAAAUGGGCAGACAAGGGGAACUACUCGUGCCGCGCUCUAAAUAGUCCGGACCAUAAGAGUGCAGACGACACUUCGUGGACUAUUGUACGAAUCAAUCAUGGACCAGUCAUACUGAAUCAACGCUUUCCGGAUGAAGGAAUUGCAGCGGCUGAUGUUGGCACCAUGGCACAAAUACGCUGCAUAGUGUCAGCUCGCCCUGAACCGAAAACGUUCAAUUGGAUGUUUGAUUCUGUUCCUAUUGAGGAAAACGGAAGAUAUUCCUUCCAAGUGAUUCCACAUUACGAUCGCGAUGAACAUGAAUACAUCCUACAAAUCUCCGACGUAGUCGAGAACGAUUAUGGUUCGUAUAUGUGCCGGGUAUCAAAUGGCAUCGGCAAAGCCGAGAUCAUCAUCAGGCUUAGGCAAACUGGACCUCCACAAGUACCAACAGCUCUCCAAAAAAUUGCAUCUACCCCGAAAACGCUCUUUAUUGGUUGGGUUCCCGCAUUCGAUGGCGGUUUUGACCAAACGUUCAUCGUUGAAUACAGGAGCGUGAACCCUUUCAACGAAGGUUUUGCAAAGGAUGGUGUGUCGACCGUAGAAGUCAAGAACACGUCUAGAAUCGAACAGAUCAAGGAUGAUGGAACAGUGACAUGGUUGCUGAGUUACAACCUCACCGGUUUGGCUCCGCUGUCAUCGUACUACUUCCGCCUACGCUCGAAAAAUAAGAAAGGAUUUUCCGACUUCUCGCAGCUAAUUAUCGCUACAACUAACGAUGUCAAUGAGGAUCCGAAUAUGCCUGCUCCUACUGCCUUGCGAUUUGAUAGCAUGCGGAAGUCGGUCACGGUCGAGCCUCGAGCACCUCCCGAUGACUGCACAUUGCUGUACGUGUCUUCUGGCGAUAGUUGGCGUUCAGCAGGAUGCAUCGGACCUGAUCAGGAGAUAACUGACGUACCCGGAGGUGUUCAACUGCGCGCUCGAUUUUGUUCACGUGAACAUGCGCUUCGCUGCUCGAAGCUGUCAUCAAUUCUUGAGACAAGUGCCAUGGGCAGUCCGUGGAGAUUGGCGUUGAUAAUUCCGAUAACAGUUCUGACCUUGCUCGUCGUUCUCAUCUGCGUGCUGAUGGUUCUCUGUUGCCGCACGCGAAACUCUGCAAAGAACUUGAAGAAGGGCAAACCUCUGGAGGCUCCUGUCAUGCCGCAAUCCGAGACGAAGAAUACGGUAGUGCACGGCUCACAGGCCGACAGCGGAGUGUUCACUUUGGAGUCGAACAAGCUAAAGUCUUCGCUUCCUGUGCACAACUAUUCGAGCGACGAAAACGAGACGAUUAUGGAGAAUUGGCCAAAUGACCAACGUGACUUCUCGAAUAGACCCUACAACAGUGAUUCUACUAAUCAUGACCAGGGUGCGAUGCGCAAUCAUGCGGACGGCGACAGUGUGUCAGGAGCAGAAGAUGAGAGCGGGCGUCGGGUAAUACGGGAGAUAAUCGUAUAAGCGGAACGGCAGGCCGCGCUCUCGUAUCGACUUCUCCGCUCGCGGUGACGCGGCGACGGCGAUGGCGCGUCGCUCCGCGCGACUUCCGCCGCUUCCCCACUUCUUCGACGAGCUUCGUUAGUGCUGUACACUCUGAAGCAGUGUCAAUACGUGCUCAAUGCGGGUUCUGCGCUUCUGUCUGUCUUGGUUCUAGUCUCAGCGGCUCGCGCUCACUUUUCCUUCUUCCACCAUUUUAUCUCUCGAGCUGAAUAUUUUGUGCAGUAUAUUGUGUGUGUAUUCUUAUGUCCCUUAACGCUCAACGUUCUCUCGGGUGGUUUUGCUUCGAAUUAUCUCACUUUCCCCUUCCCCCAUCACAGCCAGCUUUAUUUGUCUGGCAAUCUUGUGAAGCAAAGCUUCACACUAUGAUAUUGCGCCACCAUUAGCCUCUAAAUAUUCCCCACUAUUUUGAAAAUAGUUCUUAGACUGCUAUUACUCGUUGAUCUCAGAGUUACAUCGCCUUUCUUUGAACGAGAUUAUCAACACUGUCAAAAUCUAAUUGUUUAUGAGUGCCUUCUCAAUCUGCAGUCGUUGCAGGACUCGAUUUUUCUAUGGUUACUCUUUACAUUUGGAACAUGCAUUUGCAAUAUGAACUCAUAAUGAUUGUAGUUUUAUGCAAUCAAGAUUAUUGUGCAUAAUAGGUGUGAUUGUAUGUAUGUGCGAAUUCUCACAAUGUGAAUAUAUUAUUUCUAGUGCUUUUUGUGUCAUUCCAAAUUCACGGUGAAAAUAGUAGGAGUUUGAAC